GCCGAAAGUUCGGUCGUAUGAGUAUUUUCACGGAAUAAGAUUAUAAGCGAUUCCCAAAAUGACGAUUAUACCCUUGUAAUCCAUUGAAUAUUACGAUUUCCCACCACCGCCGUCGCAAAAAGCAAUCAUCAACGGCCGGAGAAGGACCUCCGUCGUUACCCGCUGUGAUUAAGUAAAACUUCCACGGUCGACGACGUAGAACAUGGUUGAAAGAGCUCGAAGUUUCAGAUUCUUCCGAAGGAUUCAGAUGGUACAACUAUAUAUGGAUCAUGAUAAAUCUCAGUGUCACACCAAUCCCAUCAGACGGCUGCUGCUUAUUCAAUGGACUUUGCCGCCGUGAAAACCCCGGAAGAACCUCAAUUUCACAAGCUUUACUUCAACAGUUUGGUAGAGAGAGAAAGGCAUGUUAAAACUACUAGAGUGGAGGUUAUAAUCUGCGACCCAGAGGAUAAUAUGGUGUUUAAGACUACUAAUCCACCGCUACAGAAUCUUCUUCCCUACAUGACUUCCAUGGAAGCUGAUAUUAGAGCUUUGAUGCUUGGUUUAACCGAAGCCACGUUUCUGGGGAUCACUCGCAUCUCUAUAUACUGCCGCCCUCGUCAUCCCAUUUUCGAAUACCUAUUGGAAAUAUCUGAACCCGAGGAGAAAAAGAUUGCUUUGCUAAUGGAUGAUGUGAAACUUAUCAGAAAGCUGUUCAGGUCUAGCAAUCUCGUCAUGAUGCUUGAAGAAGAUGUUAAAUUCGUCUCCAGACUCGUUGCUGCUGAGACUUGCAUUAUCUGUUUCGACCACUUCCCCUCUCAUCUCAUGUUUUCAGCUUGUGAAUACGGUCAUAGAUUUUGCUUAACUUGUGCGAAAUCACAUAUAGAGGUGAAGCUUCUUGAUCGAGAGAUACCAGAUUGUCCUCAGCAUCGCUGCAGGUCUCAGCUGUCUCUGGUUAGAUUUCGCGGGAUCUUGACUAAAAUGCAGAGUUUUAUGUGGACUCAGAUAAUUAGAGAGAAUUCAAUUCCUAUUGGACACAGAGUUUAUUGUCCACACCAAAGCUGUUCGUAUGUUAUGUCCAAAACCGAGUUUUCUGCAUCUUCUGAAUGUCGACGUAGGGCAUGCUUCAAAUGUGGUGGUUCUUUCUGUAUCGACUGCAGAGUUCCAUGGCACAAUACGCUAUCCUGCACCGAGUACAGGAUACUGCAUCCUCAGAAUGAUGAUGAAAAGCUAAUAUCUCUAGCUAAAUAUAAAAAGUGGCGUCAAUGUGGCUACACAUGGUUGAACGUUCUUUUGGAUGCAACUACAUGGUUUGCAGGUGUGGAAAUGUUUUUUGCUACGGGUGUGGAGGCAGCUGGAGUAGCAGCUACGAUCAUAGUCAUUGCAGUAUGCACUACUUAUUCGACGAUGUUGUACUAAUUACCGGAAAAUUUGUUGUACUUGUGGUGUGCCUUGGUUUAGUAAUUUAUUGUUUUACAAGGAAAUAAAAUUCAUGAAGUUCGUGUGAUCCAAUAACAAACCCAAUAGCCCAAAGGAGUAAUUUCUACAGAUA